CAUUCUCCUGAACCGUGCCGACUUCCAGCAUCCUUUCAUCUCCAGAGAGUGCAACAUCGUGUUUCUUAUCCUUUCGCUACUCGGAAUAUCGGAGAAUGAAAUCUUGGACUGAAUAAUAAUACGAUGCCAGAUGUGGUAGGUGUCGCGCAGUGCUCGCUUCUAGUGGGUGAGGCUUGUUGUUGGAUAGCCGCGGAGCCAUACAGAGGGAGCGCUACAGGGCAUCAGUCUGGCAAUGAUUGUCACUGCAAUGAUUCGACACCGAUGCGUCUAUCAAUCGCCAUACGUGAAAGGGUCGUGUUUGGGGCAUGUGUUUAGUUUGUUUGGAUCUCACGCGGCUGGGUGCACUUGGAUGCUUCAUUCGGUGGCACUACGACACGCCUUUCCAUUAUCCAAACGCCCGAACUGCUAUUACCUACACACACUCGAGUCGCCUCAGUACCGAAGCUCUUCCUGCUCGUUUGCACUAUGCCAUUCUGUACGACGCGGACAUUCUAUUCUGUCUCUUUUGAGUUCGGGUUCGAGUUCGUGCUCGCUGCUACAAAGUCCUCCCAUCAUGCUUUCAUCUCGUUGCAUCACACAUCUCAUUCUGCGAUGCCAGGUCCACCCUCCAUCGAAGAGGGCACCUGACACACCGGCCCAGUUUAUUCUGUGGUGAGCAGCAUGCUCGAUCCGAUUGAUGAGAUGAUGCCCGCUGUCUCUUGUCCUGUGUCUCCUGUCUCCUGUUUGAGACGAAACCGCGUAGCCUACCUACAGUAGUGCAAGCGACACUUGAAGCAUUGAUGUCGCAGCUUGGCGCGGGAAGCCCCUGGGUAAUCCCUGGCCACGGGGUUCCAAUGCACCACAGCGGGGCCAAACACCGCUACGACACUCCCAAACGGCUCUGACCGGGGGGGUGGCAGGGCUCGAGUUAGUCCUGAAUAGUCGUGAAUACGCCUGAACUCAGCGUUGGAUAUCCCUUCUUACUCCCCUUCCACAGUGGACCUCCAAUUUCAACAGGGCUGUGCAGGGAGGCCACUCACUCAGUGAGUCCCAGUCUUCCUCCAGCGCUCGGUCGGAGACUCAGAGGGGACCGGGGCCUGCAAAACCCAACCCUGGCCCCUGGUGUGCCAAGCAGGCCAUGAUCGAGCGCAUUUCAGACGAGGGAGAUCCUAUAUAAUACUCGGUGGCCCUCCUCCUUGGCAUCUACUCGUUCCUCAGUAUUGUUUGGUAUCUUGCUGUACACUCCCCCGUCACUCUUUUUAAUUUUCUGUUUCGUAGGACUGGCGCCGUACUUUUCACCACUCUCUUUCGAUUCUACAACCGCCUACCCUUCUCGACUUCCUCGAUUGUAGAUCAAACGAGAAUCGUUCUUUUACUGCUAGACAGGUUUUCAGAUCUCAUAUCUUUUCCGCAUCGACGACAACGUUUUUUCACAUUUCAGUCCGUCGCCAUGUUAUUCAAACAGGUCUCAAUCGCCAUUCUUGGCCUCACUGUUGCGACUGAAGCUGCUAUCAUUCCGGAGUUCGACGGCCUGGUACAGCGUGGCUUGGUUCGAAGACAGAACAACAGGUUCGGUGGUGGAUUCGGUGGUGGCAACAGAGGAGGUUUCGGUGGUGGAAAUGGAGGAAAUGCAGGUGGCCAAGCAAAGGCGUCUGCUACUCCAGCAUCCGCGGCCACUCCAGCUGCUGGUGCCAAGAAUAACGCAGGAGGAAAUAACAACAAUGCCGGAGCAGCUACAGGUGGAAACAACAACAAAAACAAUGCCGGUGCAGCCACUGGAGGCAAUGGAGGAAACGGGGGAAACAACAAUAACAAGAACAACAAUGCUGCUGCAGGAGGAGCCACAUGUCUAGACACCGCUGUCAUCCAGGCCAACUCAAACAAGGAUGGUCAAGAUACACCUACUGCCGGCCAAGCUGCAUCAGCAACCGACCCCGCCAACUUCAUCAAUUUCUGUAAGGGCCAGACUCUCACCAACGGUCUUCAAGUCAAGGCAGGAUCAUGUAACGGAAUUGUCAUGGGUAAAAUCCCCUCAACAGCCAACAUGAUCUCAGGUAUCAUCACCUCCCCAAAGCCAAUGGAGGAUCUCGACCCCAACCAGACCUUUACCGUCUCCGUCCAAACCAAGGGUCUCGCCGCCGGUUCAUUCACCAACGCACAAGAAACCUACUACAGUGCUCCCCAGGAUCUUGACGGAUCCGGCAAGAUCAUCGGACACACCCAUCUCACCAUCCAAGACCUCGGAAACUCCCUCGCACCAACCCAGCCACCCGACCCAGUCUCCUUCGUCUUCUUCAAGGGUGUCAACGAUGACGGAAAUGGAAACGGUCUCCUUUCCGCGACUGUCACCGGUGGAUUGCCGGCAGGCAACUACCGCGUGUGCUCGAUGACUUCGUCGUCCAACCAUCAGCCUGUUCUCAUGCCUGUUGCACAGAGAGGUGCUCAGGAUGAUUGCCAGAAGUUCACUGUUGGUGCUGGUAAUGGAGGUGGUAAUGCUGGAGGCAACAACAAUGCAAAUGCUGGUGGAAACAAAAACGCCAACGCUGGAGGAAACGCAAAUGCAGGCGGUAAUGCCAAUGCUGGAGGUAAUAACAAUGCCAACGCCGGAGGAAAAGCAAAUGCAGGUGGUAAAGCCAACGCUGGAGGAAAUGCCAACGCCGGAGGAAACGCAAAUGCAGGUGGUAAAGCCAACGCUGGAGGAAAUGCCAACGCUGGUGGUGGCAAGGCGGCGGCAGCAGCAACCUCCGCCCCAGGAGCCGCUCCCUCGAAAGCAGCUACUAACCAGGCCGGCGGAAAGGGACAAGGUCAAGGCCAAGGUCAAGGCCAAGGUCAAGGCCAAGGUCAAGGCCAAGGCCAAGGUCAAGGCCAAGGUCAAGGCCAAGGCCAAGGUCAAGGAGGAAAAGGGUCAGCCGCCUCCGCCGCCCCCGCCGCAGCCCAAACACCCGCUAAAGGCGGCGCAACCAGCGGAAACCUCGGAGGAGCCGCACCACCCGUCACCAAUUCCGGCAACAAGGACCGCCCAUUCUCAGUCAAUGGCAACACCUUUGUCAAUGAGUCGGCUGCCAAGCAGCGGUCCUGCGAUAUCCAGAACAAUGCUUGCUCUGAUGCCGUCAACGGGGGGAAACUCCCUGGGAAGUCGACGGCGGAUUGUGCGGCGCAGAAGACUGCUUGUGAUGCUGCGUAG